AUGGCCUCCCCAGGUGCCCCGGGGACCCGCAUGACAUCCACAGUCAGUAUCAACAUUUCUACACCUUCCUUCUACAACCCGCAGAAGAAGUUUGCACCUGUGGUUGCCCCUAAACCCAAGGUGAACCCCUUGAAAGCUGGGGGUGCAUCAGAGUCUUUGCCACCUCCGCCUCCUGGAGCAGAGUCGUUGCUGCCCCCACCUCCUGGAGCUGGCGCCCAGCGUGCUCAGAUAGGGAAGGUGGGGGAGAUUCCAUCAGCAUCCAUGUCACUGCUGGUAGAAGAGCUGCCACUGCCACCUCCUCCCCCACCUGGAGAGGAGGCAAGUUUCUCCUCCAACUGUGCUUUUCCCCCACCCCCACCACCCUUUGAAGAGGCUUUUCCACCAGCCCCAGAAGAAGUUUUUCCUUCUCCUCCUCCACCAAUGUUUGAUGAAGGGCCUGUGAGAAAGGUACUUGCCCCACAGAUAUCUCCAGGAUCCACAGGUUCUCUGGAGAAACCAUUGGCCCCAAAAGCCCAUGCGGAAAUACCAUCUGCACCCAAAGAUACUCCUCAUACCUUUCCUUCCAAAUUCACUCCAAAGCUAAGUGGAAGCUUACCUUUCAAGCCCCCUGGAGUGGAUUUGACCCCUGCCCCAACUUCAUGGGCAGCUCCACAGCAGCGCAAGGAGCUCCUAGUGCCAAUCCCUCCACCCCCCUCUCCCCCUCCUGCUCAGACUGCCCCUAAUUUCACCCCACCCCCUGUUGCUGGCUCUCCUAACUCUGGGUCCAAAUCACAUGCCAAUGUUCCGACGGCUCCCUCGAACUCUACAAGAUAUCCUGCCUCCCUUCAGACUCAGUUCACAGCCCUUUCACCUUCAGGUUCCUCCUCUCGGCCACAGCCUCUCAAUUUCACCUAUGCCCAGCAGAGGGAAAGACCCCAGGUGCAGGAGAAGCCACGUCCCACGGAACAACCUGCUGCUGCAAAAGACAUGCAUAGACCCACAGGCUCCAGUGCAGAUCCACCUAGGGGAAAUUCCUGUCUGACCAUGAAAGAGGUAGAAGAGCUGGAGAUGUUGACCCAGAAACUAAUGAAGGAUAUGGAGCAUCCGCCCCCGGCAGAGGCUGCUACUUCUGAGCUCUGUGGCUUCUGCAGGAAGCCCCUAUCACGAACCCAGCCAGCUGUGAAGGCCCUGGACUGCCUUUUCCACGUGGAAUGCUUUACCUGCUUCAGAUGUGAGAAGCAGCUGCAGGGGCAGCAGUUCUACAAUGUGGAUGAGAAGCCCUUCUGUGAGGACUGCUAUGCUGGAACCUUGGAAAAGUGCAGUGUCUGUAAACAGACCAUCACAGACCGGAUGCUGAAGGCCACUGGGAACUCAUACCAUCCCCAGUGCUUCACCUGCGUGAUGUGCCAUACCCCUCUUGAGGGGGCCUCUUUUAUUGUGGACCAGGCCAACCAGCCUCACUGUGUGGAUGACUACCACAGGAAGUAUGCUCCACGCUGCUCAGUCUGUUGUGAGCCUAUCAUGCCAGAGCCUGGAAAGGAUGAGACAGUGCGUGUGGUGGCACUGGAGAAAAAUUUCCACAUGAAAUGUUACAAGUGUGAGGACUGUGGGAAGCCCUUGUCCAUUGAAGCAGAUGAGAAUGGGUGCUUUCCGCUGGAUGGGCACGUGCUGUGUAUGAAGUGUCAUGCUGCUCAUGCCAAAACGGCACGCUGAGGAGCUCGGAGCGCGCGUACCC